AGCAGCAGCAACCUCCCUAGUUCUCAAAGUGUCUUUCCAUUUGAAAAACCAUUAAAUAAAUCGUUUCUCCUCCUCCUCCUCCUCCCUACCAUCCCAACACACACACAAAAAGAAGAAAAAAUUCAAACUUCAAACUCAAGCUCAGAUCCCAUCCUCUCUCAAACGCCACCUUUUCCUCCAGAUCCAGCCUCGAUCUACCAAAUCACCGUCACCGAUCUCCGUAUCUACUAAAUUGAUGGAGAACUUGAUUACUUUAGUAAAUAAAAUUCAAAGAGCUUGCACUGCUCUUGGUGAUCAUGGUGAAGCUAGUGCAUUACCUACUCUGUGGGACUCCUUACCCUCCAUCGCCGUCGUCGGUGGCCAGAGUUCGGGGAAGUCAUCGGUGUUGGAGAGUGUAGUAGGGAAGGAUUUCUUGCCUCGUGGAUCCGGUAUCGUUACGCGGCGGCCACUUGUGUUGCAGCUUCAUAAGAUCGAUGAAGGAAGUAGAGAGUAUGCCGAGUUCCUUCAUCUCCCAAGGAAAAGAUUUACUGAUUUUGCUGCUGUGAGGAGGGAGAUUCAAGAUGAGACUGAUAGAGAGACUGGUCGAUCAAAGCAAAUUUCAAGUGUUCCAAUUCAUCUCAGUAUUUACUCUCCUAAUGUUGUCAACUUGACAUUGGUUGAUCUUCCUGGGCUUACUAAAGUAGCAGUUGAGGGUCAACCAGACAGUAUUGUGCAAGAUAUUGAAAACAUGGUUCGCGCUUAUAUCGAGAAGCCCAACUGUAUAAUUUUAGCAAUUUCACCCGCCAAUCAAGAUCUUGCUACCUCUGAUGCUAUUAAAAUCUCUCGUGAAGUGGACCCUACAGGAGAGAGGACCUUAGGAGUCUUGACAAAGAUCGAUCUUAUGGAUAAGGGUACUGAUGCAGUUGAUAUGUUGGAAGGAAAAUCUUACCGCCUAAAAUUUCCCUGGGUCGGUGUGGUGAACCGCUCACAAGCAGAUAUUAACAAGAAUGUGGACAUGAUUGCUGCUCGGCGUAGAGAACGCGAGUAUUUUUCCAGCACCCCAGAAUACAAGCACCUUGCCCACAGAAUGGGUUCAGAGCAUCUAGCAAAGAUGCUGUCAAAGCAUUUGGAAGUUGUAAUCAAGUCCAAAAUUCCAGGCAUUCAGUCCCUUGUCAACAAAACAAUUGCUGAACUUGAAACGGAAUUGAGUCGUCUUGGAAAGCCUAUUGCUGCGGAUGCUGGAGGAAAGAUGUACUCAAUCAUGGAGAUUUGCCGCCUUUUUGAUCAAAUAUACAAAGAGCAUCUUGAUGGCGUCCGACCUGGUGGUGAUAAAAUUUACAAUGUUUUCGAUAACCAGCUUCCUGCUGCUCUAAAAAGGUUACAGUUUGACAAGCAACUUUCAAUGGAAAAUAUUCGGAAAUUGAUCACUGAAGCUGAUGGAUAUCAGCCUCACUUGAUAGCUCCUGAACAAGGAUAUCGUCGUCUCAUUGAAUCUUCUGUAGUUACUAUCCGAGGUCCUGCUGAGGCAGCUGUUGAUGCGGUUCAUGGCCUUCUGAAGGAUUUAGUUCACAAGGCUAUCAAUGAGACUAUAGAGUUGAAGCAGUAUCCUGCUCUUAGAGUAGAGGUCAGUAAUGCUGCUAUUGAGUCACUUGAUAGAAUGAAGGAUACAAGCAAGAAAGCAACGCUUCAGCUAGUCGACAUGGAGUGUAGCUACCUGACAGUGGACUUUUUCCGGAAACUUCCUCAGGAUGUUGACAAGGGUGGCAACCCUACCCAUUCUAUAUUUGAUAGAUAUAAUGACUCGUAUCUUAGACGAAUUGGUAAGUUUAAUGAGUUCAUUUUUGCAUUAAAAAAAAGGUGGGUCAGGGUAUCAUUUCUGCUUGAUUCACUAGUCACUAUUGCUGAUCUUAAGAGUUCUCAUUGGAAUAUGCGAACAGGAUCUACUGUUUUGUCUUAUGUCAAUAUGGUCUGUGCAAGUCUACGUAACUCCAUUCCAAAGUCCAUUGUUUAUUGUCAAGUGCGUGAGGCCAAGCGAAGCCUGCUUGACCAUUUCUUCACCGAGUUGGGAAAACUGGAGCAAAAGCAAUUGUCAUCAUUACUGAACGAGGAUCCUGCAGUCAUGGAGCGCCGUGCUGCCAUUGCAAAGAGACUUGAGUUGUACAGGAGUGCACAAGCAGAAAUUGAUGCAGUUGCUUGGUCUAAGUAGAUCAGCAGCAUUUGACUCAUCCAUCUGUUUUGUACGAGAAUUUGGCUUUAUGGCUGUGUCAUUCUUUCAUUUAUGGCUUGUGUUUUGGGAAGAUGGGGAGCAAUAUUUUGUUGUAUUUCUACACGCUAUAGAAGUAACAAAAAGUUCAUUUGUCUUCAUAGGAGAAUAUUUGUUGCUUUUGCCGUAACCAUUUAUCACUAUGGAUUGAGUAUAUUUUUACGAGUUUCCUAUGCUUA